AGUUUGUUUUGCACGAGGGCUGCAUAACGUACAGGGCUGUAUUGCGUGGUUAGCUGAAAACACCUGUUUAACGGCAGAGGCGAAUCAAAGACAGGGCUGUGCUAAUGAAAACAUCUGUUGUGUUUAUGACAAUGUCUGUUUUGCACACGAUUACAAAAUCUCUUCCGAAACGUUUAUCAAUAGCACAAGCGACUGGCAAUGGCUUUCAACCAAAUUAUUGCUGUAGUGUUACCACAUCACAUACAAAACCUAUAACUCCGAUAUCAAUACCAAUAGUACGCGGGAUAUGGGGCUAUGUGGCUGUGGCCUUCAACCAGGUGGAUAAGGAUCGUUUGUCACGGGUGGGUCCCAAUCGCCUUUGCGCCGAAUGGAUAUUAAAAAAUGGUGGAGGUGUUCGUUUCACUGAAAAUCCAACAAAACUGUGGAAGGAUUACAAUCAUCUGCCGGCGGAGAAUGUACCGUUUCGUAUUAAAGUUGUGGACGCCACCAAUUCAUCGAUCAUGAAAAUUGGCUUGCACCAUUUCGAAGGCUGCAAAAACAUAGACACCGUUAUAUUUCACAAAUGCAAGCAUUUGGAAAACGACGGACUGGAGGGAUUGGCAUACAUCAGCCAGUCGCUAACUCACCUACAGGUAUCCGGAUGUUAUAAUAUCAGGGACUCCGGCUUGGCCAUCAUAAGCCAACUGCAAAAUCUGAAGCAGUUGCUUAUCUUCGAUAUGCCCUUCGUCAAGAAUAUAGAUGAAGUGGCCAGAAGCCUGAAAAAAAGUCUGCCUGACUGUGACAUACAGGCCACAAAGCGUGGAAUAUAAUUUAAAAA